AUGCUCGUUUCGCGAUGCGGUAGCUGCAGCAAGCAAGCAAGUGGGUUUCAGCCGCAUGGUGUGCAUGGGAAGGUUUUUGAGCCGCAAUUAUCGCGUCAAGCGUUUGAUGUUGGUGGUAGUGGUGGAUUGGAAAGAUGGAAGGAUCUUCUUUCCCGGAUCAACAUGUCGUUCUGGAUUGGGAGUUAUCGAGUUAGGGUAGACCCGGGUGCCGCGCAAGCUGGCUUAUCCCUCCCUCGCAGCUUCCUUUCCGAGUUUGCCCUUGGUUUUCUUGCCUUGCUUGGAGCAGCCUCGGCAGUCCCACCGGCCGCCGGUGGAAGAUCGGAGGACGGGUGA